GGGAGGGGGUAUGGCAAACAUAGGUGUGUCUCCUACAGGACUUUUUCAAGGCUCAUUUGAUCUGUGCAGACCUCAGUAGGUUUUCCUGGCGUGUGUGUGGUGUCACUUAACUCAUGGCUCGGCUCUGCUGCACAGGGGGACGGCUGCUUCUGCUGAUCCUGACACUGGUGCUCAGCGCUGAGGCCAGAGACAGGAGGCCAAUGACAUUAAGGAGGACGAAGAGAGAGUGGAUCCUUCCUCCUGCUAAGCUAAUGGAGAACACAGACUACACCAACAGGGCCUUCAUUGCCAAGAUUCGCUCUGAUAAAUCAGAAAAUACGGAGGUGAAGUAUUAUCUCUCUGGACCAGGAGCUGACAAGCCACCCUACAACCUAUUUGUGGUGGACCCUACCAACGGGUUUGUACGCAUCACUGGUAUGCUGGACCGGGAGAAAACUCCAUUCUACAAUCUAACCGGGAAGGCUUUGUUCAAAGAUGGACAAGCAGCAGAGGCGGACAUCCCACUGAACGUCGUAGUCCUGGACAUGAACGACAACGAUCCUUAUUUCGAGCUGCAUACUGGCACUAUCAAAGAGGGAAGCAAAAAAGGGGCCUUUGUUAUGCAGAUCGAGGGGAAAGAUGAUGACGAAGCUGGAACAGUUAAUUCACAGAUCUACUACUCCAUCGCCAGCCAGGAGCCACGAGGCACAGGUCACAUGUUCACCAUAGACCAUCAGACAGGCAAGGUGUACGUCAAGGAGCCCACCCUGGACAGAGAGACUUGUGACUUCUACAAACUGAUUGUACGAGGGAGUGAUAUGGGAGGGGCACCGGGGGGACGAACUGGGACAGGAACUGUGGAGAUAAGAGUCCUGGACAUCAAUGAUAACAUCCCCACUCUGGAAAAAUCUGAGUACAGUGGCAAAGUGGAUGAAAAUGUCGCUGAUGUCGUUGUGAUGAGAAUUAAAGCACUGGACAAAGACCUUGCGAACACAGACAACUGGGUGACUGUCUUCGAGAUCGCCAAAGGAAAUGAGAAUAAUCUCUUCUCCAUUGAGACAGACAGAGAAACCAAUGAGGGCAUCCUCAAAUUGAUCAAGGCCGUGGAUUUUGAAGAAGUCAAGAAUCUUGAGCUUGGCCUGGUUAUUACCAAUGUAGCUCCUUUUGUGGAGGGGGACGCUAUACUGAUGGAUGUGGACCUUCAGAUUGGAGAGGGUGGUCCACUGGCUGGUGGAACCGGUGGCGCAAGUGGAGCUUCUACCGGAGCUGGUGGAGGUGCAGGUGGCGGUGCAGGGGUAGACCUAGGAGUAGACCUGGGGUUGGAUGCAGGUGGGGGUGUAGGUGUGGACUUGGGCCUAGAUGCUGGCCUUGAAGGAGGACUUAAGCCUGGAGUGGGUGCUGGACUUAAGCCAGGUGUCAAACCGGGCAUCAAACCAGGUGUUAAACCAGGCGUCAAACCAGGCGUCAAACCAGGAAAAAGGCCUCCACCAAAAAGCUAUCCCAUCAAGAUAGCAGUGAAUAAUGUGCCAGAGGGUCCUAAGUUCAUGCCUGACACCAAGAAGGUUCCUGUAUCAGAGGAUCCAAAUGAAGCACCCAAGGAUGGUGUGAUCACAGUGUUUGCUGCUGUCGAUCCAGACACCGGAAAACCCGCUGAAGAUGUCAGUUACGCCAAAGCCUACGAUCCAGACAACUGGUUUUCCAUUGAUAAAGACACAGCUGAGAUUAAACUCAACAAGGUACCAGAUAGAGAGUCGCCGUUCUUGGUGAAUGGUACCUACAUUGCCAAGAUCCUAGCCAUAACCACAGACAUGCCAUCAAAGACAGCCACGGGAACAAUAGCCAUUCAAGUGUUGGAUAACAAUGACCACUGUCCCACCCUGACCACCGCCCGCAGCACUCUCUGCUCUAAUGUCACAACUGUUAUUGUUACUGGCUUUGAUGAGGAUGUGAGUCCCAACGCAGCUCCAUUUAAAUUCAGAAUCAUACCUGAAGGGACACAAGGCAGCUGGGACAUAGAAGUCAUCAAUGAGACGAGUGCCGCUCUUCACUCCCAAGAGGCGCUGUGGCCCGGCUCAUACCAGCUGCAGGUGGAGGUGGUGGACGCUAAGGGUCUGUCUUGCCCGGCCAAUGACAUUUUUACUGUGGACGUUUGUACCUGUGUGGACACAGGGGACUGCAUGGUAAAGGCCGCCAGACUAGGAAGUACUUCCUCUAAGCUCUCUGCCUCAGCUAUCGGCCUGAUGCUAGCGGCAAUGUGCUUACUGCUGUUCAUCCUUUUUCUCCUGCUGUUCUGUCAGUGUGGAGGAGCAGACACCAUCUUUCCUGACCAAUUUAGUGAUCUGCAAUUUGGCACCAAAGAACACCUCAUGUCCUACCACACUGAAGGCAUAGGCGAGGAUAAGGAAGUGCCAGUCCACGCUGUUCCUGUCAGCUUGGGCACUCAGAAGAAAGUUGAGCAUGCACCAGUGCCAAUCUUCAACAUGCUUACUUCCAAAAUCACAGGAAAUCAGAAAACUGCACUCUAUGAUGAAUCUGUGUAUAACUUUCCGGAAACCAGCCAAAAUGUUACGGAGGUUGACAACAUCUACCGGUUUACAAGGGAAUCGUUCAACUAUGACAAUGGCAGUGCUGCAUUUGGCACCCAAACGUUUGGUGUCCAACACACCGCAUCUCUGUUUGAUGAUAUAGCCCUACCUGACGCUUUUCUCAAAGAUUACUACUCACAGAAAGCAAUGUGUGCUGUCCCACUGAACGAUGACCCUUUGGAGUAUAGUUUUGAGGGCCAGGGCUCCUCUGCUGGCUCAGUGGGAUGCUGCAGCCUCCUGGAGUCUGACAACGAAGACUUCCUCGAUAACCUCGGGUUUAAAUUCAAGACACUGGCUGAGAUCUGUUCCCCUCCUACAACAACACCCACACCUGUCCUGAAACACACAAUGGCAGGUGCUGUCAAAACCACGGUCAAUGUUGUUGAACCUGUUGUUAAGCCCAAAACGGAGCACAGUGUUGAAACAAAGCACAUCGAUAUAAAAACAGAAAAAGUCACGUCAUCUACUAACAUCUCUAAAUCAUCUGUCAGCACAGUGAACACGACACAUCCUCCCUCCAAGGUUACUAACAUCAGUCAUUCUGCUUCCGUGCCCCGUCAAACCCAGACAGUCUUACUUCAGCAGCAGCCAGUUUACUAUACCACCAGCCCUGUAAUGCAGCCCAUGCACUAUGUAGUUCAGCCACAACUUCAGAACACGGUUUUGCUGGCAGAUGGGGCCCCUAGAGCCAAUUUACCUGGCAUGUUUGUAAUGAGCGGGUCCCAGAGUCUUUCUUCUGGAUUCCUAAUCAGGGGACCCCAAGGCACUCCUUCUGGGCCAGUUAUCCAGGGCACUCCAACCCCAAACAGCCCUGUCAGCCCUGUAAGUCCAGUAAGCCCCUCCCUGUUUCUACCUGGUGGACCAGGUGUGCCUCAGGUCUCAGUCCCUGCGCAGGGUUUGAAAAUAGUAGGGCCAAAUCCUGAUGGUACAUAUAUGUUAGUUAAAGAAAAGAGUAGUCUGGGUGAGGUAGAGGGGGUGGAUCCAGGCUCACCUCAGGGCACUUUGCCCAGAGGUGCUAUCCUGGUUAAAGAGGCUGUUCCCCCUCAGGGGGUGUUAGGCCCAGCAGCCCGGGGGAGUGUGUAUGGCAUUCUGCCAGGACACACUGUUGCUAUAAAUGGGGGGGUUGUUGCAGUAAACAGCAAUAUGGGGCAUACAUGGGUUGGGCAGCCGGGGCAGGUGGGGUUAGGGCCGAUCCCUGUUUUGGGAGUUGGUGUUGGGCAGCCAAGAAUGGGAAUGGGACAUGUGGUAGCAUUGAAGCCUGAAGUCACACAGGUUGGAACUUGGCCAGCUGGGAUAAAUCCAGUUGGGAUUAGGCAGGUCAGUGUAAACCAGUUCCAAGGAAUUCAGCCAUUGGAGCAAACAACGGAUGCCGGUGUAAUUCUAAAAGCCUGUAGAAUAGAUUCACCAAAGGAAGACAAGAUCAGGAGUGUUGUGAAUACUAUCAUUACUGCUGAAACAGCUAAAACUCAUCCUCCUUCAAAGGAAGAACGUAUCAUGAAAAAUUUGUUUAGGGAUGACAGUGCUCGAGUUCAGGACAUGCAUGAUGAGACAGUUGAAGGAAAGCAAGAUGUGUUCACCUACACAUCAGAGCAUGACACAACACUACACAAAGAGGAACCUUGCACAGAAGAAAGUUUGGGCAGACAUGAAGAAGCACCUUCCAAGGAUGAAGUAGUAGAAGAAGGAAAACAGAUCAGCACAGUUGAAGGUCCAAAGGACAAAAGUCCUGAAGUUGGAUUGGAACCUCAAUCAAACAUAGUCACAGAUUAUCAAAGUGACAGGGACCUGGAGGAAGAUGUCAGUCCAGCAGAGAAAGUUGUUUCAGACGUAGAAACAAAUCAGGUCACUGCCAUUACUGAUAGUAUGCAGGCAGAUGAUAAUGUGGAGGGAAUGACUCCUGUAACCAGUGAUCAGGAGAAGGUUGUGCAGGAGCAACUGUUGGAUUCUGAAGUGGUUGUCAAUGCUGCAGGUAACGAAUUGUCUGCAACUCCGCCAAAUAAGAUUUCAAUAGACACCGAGAAUGUGUGUGAAGAGAGGUCCAUCCCUAAACAAGAAGCAGCACCAGAACUAAAGGUGGAUGCUAGUGAAGGGAAUACAAUCUACCAAGAUCAAGCAAAGACAGAUAUUGUUGAUGCUAAAGCAAGAACACAAUUGCAAACUGUGAGCCCUAUUUUAACUAACCAACAAGAAGGAGAUCUGAAUGAUUCACAUUUGAUACCAGAGGAAGUACAGGAAGAGGGCUCUAAUGUGCCAACCAUUUCAACAUUAGAGCAACAUCUGCAAACCGGCAGUAGCCCUGGGCACAAAGCAGACGAAAAUCAACUUCAUAUGACAUCAGAAUCAGGAGUAGAUGAGGAUCAAGUCAAUGCAGAUGCAGACAUUAUUAGUGAUGGAGAGAGAGAAGAGGGUGUUGUGUCACAGCAGAGUCUCAGCACCUCUGGUGACCAAUAUGAAGAAAUUGAAAGGCAACAUGCUUUGAGUUCUCAAAUUGAGAAUAUAUCAGAUGACUAUUUUACUGAUGAAGAGAAAGACAAAGAUGCUGUGGAGGAAAUGGGGUCACAGGUACAGCACAAUACAGGCUUCUCAGAUGACCAAGACAAAGACAAAGAAGAAGAUGCAUCAUGCACGAGUUCUCAAAUGGAUGACACCUUAAUGUCAGAUGAUAACAUAAAUGUUCCAGAGAAUGAGGAGGAGGAAGAGACUCCAGAGGAAGUGGUGUUAUCUAUACAGCAAAAUGUCAGCAUCAUAGACUGGCAAAAUGAAGAGAUUGAAGGUGAAGCUGUAUCAGAAAGAAAUUCUCCUUUGGAGGAUCCCCACAUUGCAGAUGGAAAUGUGGAUAUUGACGAGAAAGAAGAGGAAAUUGUGGAGGAAGUGACAUCACAAAUGCAGCCACAUCUUAGCAUUUCCAUUGAUGAAGAGAUUAGAAGAGUAGAUGCAGGAAGUGUGAUUUACCAAGUGGAGGAUCAGUUUAUCCCAGAAGACAACAUAAGAGAUGGAGCGAAAGAGGAGGAUAUCGUGGAGGAAGAGGUGUAACCUGAACAUCAAACAACUUUCAUCUCAGAUGAAGACAGUGAAGAAGGAGAUGCAUCCCACACAGUUUCUCAAGUGGAGGAGCUCAUAUCAAAUAGCAUUGUAAGUGAUGGAGAAAAGGAGGUGCCAUAUGUACAGCAAAAUAUUAGAUAAUCAGAUAACCAAGAUGAAGAGGGUGAAAGAGAAGAUGGAACAGGCACAAGUUAUCACAUUGAGGAAGACGGAAUCAAGUCUUUCCAGCAGUUAGAAGAGGAUUAUCAGUCUUUAAAGACUGAACGUUCAUAUGAGGAAGAUCUUUAUUUAGCAAGUCAACAUGCAGAGAUUAAUCAGGUGGCAGCAACGUCAACGAUGAUUGAAUCUCAAGAAAUGCCUUGUGAAGUUACACAUCAAGUAAGGCAAGGGGCAGACUCUUCUCAGAGAGGAGAUGUAACUCUGGAUAUUCCUAAGAGACAACACACUUUUGGUCAAGUGUUAGUGAGGGCUGCUGACAUGGAUGAUGUGGUCACAUCUUCAGAGGAGAUGAGACCAUCCAGGUUGGCCACAGGACAGGUUUCUAUGUUCAGUGAAGAUAAAGGGGCCAGUUGUAGAAUAUUGGCAUCCGGACAAGUAGCUCAGGGAGAAACAACUCAGUCUGAUUUCCAGAACACUGAUGUAGUUCAAAUUGAAUAGAGUGAGGGUGGAGAUCUCGCUUUGGAAAAAGGAAAAACAGAGGCCACUUCUGACCUAGGGAUUAGAGAGGGAUACAUAACAGGGCAACUAAUGCAUCUGGUCAGGGAUCACCAACAUCUGAUUUAGAGAUUAGAGUCCAGAUCCAGGCCCAGCAGGGACAGAAACGGCAUGUCUUUUUGCAACAAGUGAGGUAGCUGAGGAGGCUGGUUACCUUGUUCAGAAUGAGAGUGUGCAAAUGACAGGAGAAGAAGCAGAGGUAGGCCCAAAGACUGUGGGGAAAGCAGGUUCGAUAGAGGUUGUCUCAGAAACUCCCAUGUACAUGCAUGGGGCUGAGGCCAGUGGUGGUGAAGUGAAUCCGGCAUAGAAUCAGACAGUCAUCAGCCAAACUCCCCACAGCAAAUCCAGAAAGAGCAAAAAGGACUCUAACAAGGAUACUCAAAGUCCAAAAGCCCCUCU